CGCGCGCUGAGCCCAGGCUGUGCGCAGCUCCCUGCGGGAUCAGAGCGCUCCCCCGCCGGGACUCGACUCUCACAUCCUCCUGCUGGGACUCGGCUACAUUCGCAGCCAAGCCGCCUGGCUUUAUUAUGUGUGUGUGCAGUGCAGCCCAGGCAGCGGCGAGAGCAGGAGGCGGAGGGAAGGCGAGAGCCAGGACAAAGAAAAAGGGAGAGCGCGGCUAGCAAGAGGAGCCGCGAGUGCAGAGCCAGGGCUGAAGAGAGGAGCCGCGACAGGCUGCUUCCAGACACUAGCUAGCUGCUGGAUUCGCCGUGUCUCGGUGCGCGUUGCUAUCGGACACGCUCCGUCAUUGCGCUCCGUGGGACAAUAGCCCGUGUGCCGUCCGCAGCAGCGCCUCCUCCCGCCGAUCUACAGGUUGAUCCGGAGCUGUUGUGGAACAAGUUGAGAAGGAGCCCGCCGUCCUCUUCCGCUUCUCCCGAGCCUCGGGAGCGGCGCGACACGGUGGAAGCUGCCGCAUUGCAACAGGCGGACGAGGGAGCGAAGCCACUUACUGGAGCUGCGACGGGACCGACGCUAGCGGGAUAUGUCCAGGCGCAAGCAGGCCAAGCCGCGCUCAGUGAAAGUGGAAGAAGGAGCGUCAUCUGAGUUUUCUUUGAACUGGGACCCUGCAGCUCAGACAGGAAAUGGUCUGGAAGUGCCCACAGAGUUUGAUGCUCACGAUGGGCUCAGCAUCACAAGUCAGGAUGAGCAAAACCAAGAUGGUGAGGAAGACCCAGAGGAGGAGCCCAUUUAUACCUGUGACAGUUGUCAGCAAGACUUCGACACCCUGAGUGACCUGACCGAGCACCGAACACACUGUUGUCCUGGAGAUGGUGACGAUGAUCCCCAUCUCUCUUGGGUGGCCUCUUCUCCUUCCAGUAAAGACAUGGCAUCUCCAUCUCAGAUGCUUGUGGAUGGCUGUGAGUUGGGAAUGGGAGAGGAAGAAGGUGGAGCUGGUCUGCCCUACCCAUGCCAGUUCUGUGACAAGUCCUUUAGCCGACUAAGCUACCUGAAACGCCACGAGCAGAUACACAGCGACAAACUGCCAUUUAAGUGCACCUACUGCAGCCGGCUAUUCAAGCACAAGCGCAGUCGUGACCGCCACGUCAAGCUUCACACGGGCGACAAGAAGUACCAUUGCCACGAGUGUGAGGCUGCUUUCUCACGUAGUGACCACCUUAAGAUCCACUUGAAGACACACAGUUCGAGCAAACCCUUCAAGUGCACUGUUUGUAAACGGGGCUUCUCCUCGACCAGCUCUCUGCAGAGUCACAUGCAGGCCCACAAGAAAAACAAGGAGCACCUGGUGCGUGCCGAAAAGGAGCUUGGCAAGAAGGAGGACCUGUUCAUGUGUGAUUAUUGCGAGGAGACCUUCAGCCAGACUGAGGAGCUUGAGAAGCAUGUUAUUAGUCGCCACCCGCAGCUCUCCGAGAAGGCAGAUUUGCAGUGCAUCCACUGUCCUGAUGUCUUUUCUGAUGAGAGUUCUUUGCUCAGUCAUAUUGACCAGACUCAUGCCAAUAAAAAGCACAAGUGCCCCAUGUGUCCUGAGCAGUUUUCCUCUGUGGAAGAGGUAUACUGCCAUCUGGAUAGCCACCGCCAGCCUGACUCGAGUAAUCACAGCAUCAGUCCAGACCCGGUCCUAGGCAGUGUUGCUUCCAUGAGCAGUGCCACCCCUGACUCAAGUGCAUCAGCAGAUAGAGGCUCCACGCCAGACUCUACGCUGAAGCCAUCCAGAGUGCCAAGAAAACCGGGAAGACUGGAACGGGAGGAGAGCCAGGGUUGGCCAACCAAGAUAACCUACAGCUGUCCUUACUGUUCCAAGCGAGACUUCAACAGCCUUGCUGUCUUGGAGAUUCACCUGAAGACAAUCCACGUGGACAAGCCUCAGCAAAGUCACACAUGCCAAGUAUGCUUAGACUCUCUGCCCACUUUGUACAACCUAAAUGAGCAUGUCCGCAAGGUGCACAGGAGCAGUGGCACAUUCCCUGUCCUGCAGUUCAGCAAUGCAUCUGCCUUCCACUGUAACUACUGCCCAGAGACUUUUGCCGAUAUCAACAGCCUGCAGGAGCACAUCCGGGCAUCACACUGUGUGCCCAGUGCUUCAAGCACCCUGGAGGGGAAUCAUGCCUUUUUCUGCAACCAGUGUUCAAUGGGGUUUCUGACUGAGUCCUCCCUAAUGGAGCACAUCCAGCAGAGCCACUGCAGUGUUGGCAGCUCCAAGCUGGAGUCUCCAGGUGUGCAGCCCUCGCAGUCCUUCAUGGAAGUGUACUCCUGCCCAUAUUGCACCAACUCGCCUAUUUUUGGCUCCAUCUUGAAGCUCACAAAGCACAUCAAAGAAAAUCAUAAGAACAUCCCACUGGCCAGCAGUAAAAAAUCCAAAGCAGACAGUAGUCCAGCGUCCUCAGACGUAGAAGUAUCCUCCCCAAAGAGGCAAAGGCUGUUGGCAAGUGGCGUUCCCCCUGUGAAUGGGGAGUACCCUUGCAACCAGUGCGAGCUGAAAUUUGGGAGUUUUGAAAGUUUUCAAACUCACCUCAAGUCUCAUUUGGAGCUCCUGUUGAGGAAACAGUCGUGUCCACAGUGCAAAGAGGACUUUGACUCUCAGGAGAGCCUGCUGCAGCACUUGACAGUCCACUACAUGACCACAUCCACUCACUAUGUGUGUGAGAGCUGCGACAAGCAGUUCUCCUCUGUGGAUGACCUGCAGAAGCAUUUGUUGGACAUGCACACUUUUGUUCUCUACCAUUGCACCUUGUGCCAAGAGGUCUUUGACUCCAAGGUUUCCAUUCAGGUUCAUCUAGCAGUGAAACACAGUAAUGAAAAGAAGUUGUACAGGUGCACUGCUUGCAACUGGGACUUCCGCAAAGAGACUGACCUGCAGCUGCAUGUCAAGCACAGCCAUCUCGGAAAUCCUGCCAAAGCCCGCAAGUGCAUCUUCUGUGGAGAGAUGUUCAGCACAGAGGUCGAGCUGCAGUGCCACAUUACCACACAUAGCAAGAAGUACAACUGCAGGUUUUGCAGCAAGGCAUUCCAUGCCAUCAUCCUACUGGAAAAGCAUCUGCGAGAGAAGCACUGCAUCUUUGAUGGAAGCAGUAGCCAGAAUGGCACACCGAAUGGUGUCACACCCACCACGAAGAGGCCAGAAGCACCAGACCUGCAGAAUAUGCUGCUAAAGAGCCAAGAAACCACUAACAGCCAUGAGGCCAGCGAGGAUGAUGUUGAUACCUCAGAGCCAAUGUAUGGCUGUGACAUUUGCGGUGCUGCUUACACCAUGGAGGCACUUCUGCAGAACCACAGGCUGCGGGACCACAACAUUCGACCAGGUGAAGAUGACUGCUCCCGCAAGAAAGCCGAGUUCAUCAAGGGCAGUCACAAGUGUAACGUCUGUUCGCGCACCUUCUUCUCUGAGAGUGGUCUGAGAGAGCACAUGCAGACUCACCGGGGCCCUGCCAAGCACUAUAUGUGCCCCAUCUGCGGAGAGCGUUUCCCUUCCCUCCUCACACUGACUGAGCACAAGGUGACCCACAGCAAGAGUCUGGACACAGGCACCUGUCGUAUAUGCAAGAUGCCCCUGCAGAGUGAGGAAGAGUUCAUCGAGCACUGCCAGAUGCACCCCGAUCUGCGCAACUCCCUCACUGGUUUCCGCUGUGUGGUCUGCAUGCAGACGGUCACCUCCACCCUGGAGCUGAAGAUUCAUGGCACCUUUCACAUGCAAAAGCUAGCCAGCAGCUCGGCCUCCUCCUCGCCAAAUGGCCAGCUGCAAAAGCUUUACAAGUGUGCUUUGUGUCUGAAGGAGUUCAAGAACAAACAGGACUUGGUGAAACUGGACGUGAAUGGUCUACCUUACGGCCUGUGUGCUGGUUGUAUGACCAGAGGCUCCAAUGGCCAGUCAUCCAGUGGGAGCUCUCAGGAGCCAGGUGAAAAGCCCCCAAAUGGUUUGCGCUGCUCAGAGUGUGCCGUCAAAUUUGAAAGUCUUGAUGACUUGGAAUCUCAUAUUCAGCUGGAUCACAGAGAGAUGACUCCAGAUAUGAGCAUCCAGAAGAAGGUGCCAGAGAACUCUUCCCUUCCUAAAAAGAAGACUUACCAGUGCAUCAAGUGCCAGAUGACUUUUGAGACAGAGCGGGAGAUUCAGAUCCACGUUGCCAACCACAUGAUUGAGGAGGGGAUCAACCAUGACUGUAAGCUGUGCAAGCAGACGUUUGACUCUCCGGCAAAGCUGCUGUGCCACCUGAUUGAACACAGUUUUGAGGGCAUGGGUGGGACCUUCAAGUGCCCAGUGUGUUUCACAGUCUUUGUCCAGGCCAACAAGCUGCAGCAGCACAUCUUUGCAGUACACGGUCAAGAGGACAAAAUCUACGACUGUGCCCAGUGUCCACAGAAGUUCUUCUUUCAGACUGAACUGCAGAACCACACGCUGAGUCAGCAUGCACAGUGAGCUGCUGGACGCUGCCUCUCCUGCACACUUGACAGGACUUGGCAGGGGGGACAGCCGCGAAGCAUGGCAUCCAAUCAAAGUGUCGUUUGCAGCCCAGAUGAAGACUCCAGUGAUCUGGCCACAGGACGCUGCUGGGAGCAGCUCGGAAUGAUAUUCAAAGUAUUCUCCACACAGUAUUUUCUCCUGUCCUGCUUUGAGUAGUGCUUUUUGGGAGGCUCCUCUCCCGCCCCUAGAGCCAUUUGCGUUUGUGUCCUAUGUUCGCUUCUUGUUUUCUUGGGUAGUCGCGCUUCUCGUGCCGUGAUGUGACUGCUUACCGACUGUAUUUACUAUUUGCAAAGUCUCCUUUUAUCCUUUUUUUCUUUAUUUUUUAUUUUUUCUUUUCCUUUUUGUAAGUCCAGAAAGACUAAGGCUUUGAUUGGAUUGGCCCGUUCACAGGACUGUUGCCAAUGGUGACGUGCACUUGGCUUCCAGUGCGACUCAAUGGUGUUUUCCUUUAUAAAUGUGAAUGAAAGCUGAUUGCAAUAACUUGUCAAAUAAAGAGGUCCGUACAGCCUGUGUGGCCUGAUG